ACGCAUGUGCGGGCGGCGGUGAUGGUGGGUAAGCGGAACCCAUGAGGAGCCGGGUAGCCGGAGAGCGAGAGAUGGCGGGAGUCUUCGACAUCGACCUGGACCCCGAGUACCAGCAGGAUGAAGGCGGCUCGGACGAGGAGCUGGAAGAGGUACUACAGUACAGUGACUGCAUGGAGCAUGGGGUUCCAUUUGAACUGGAUAUGGAACACUGUGAAAAAUUUGAAAUCUCUGAAAACAAUGUGAAUAGAGGUCCAGAAAAAAUAAGACCGGAGUGCUUUGAGCUUCUGCGCGUGCUAGGCAAAGGUGGUUACGGGAAGGUUUUCCAAGUAAGGAAGGUAUUGGGUGCAUAUACUGGAAAGAUAUUUGCCAUGAAAGUGCUAAAGAAGGCAAUGAUUGUUCGUAAUGCAAAGGACACAGCCCAUACGAAAGCAGAACGCAGUAUCUUGGAGGACGUGAAGCAUCCAUUCAUCGUGGAUCUGAUGUAUGCUUUCCAGACUGGAGGGAAGCUCUACCUCAUUCUUGAAUAUCUCAGUGGUGGAGAGCUCUUCAUGCAGCUGGAAAGAGAAGGAAUCUUUAUGGAAGACACCGCAUGUUUUUAUCUUGCUGAAAUCUCAAUGGCUUUGGGGCACUUGCAUCAGAAAGGUAUUAUUUAUCGCGACUUGAAGCCAGAAAACAUCAUGCUCAAUCAUCAAGGGCAUGUUAAACUAACAGAUUUUGGAUUAUGUAAGGAAUCUAUUCAUGAUGGUGCUGUGACUCACACUUUCUGUGGUACAAUAGAGUACAUGGCACCGGAAAUUUUAAUGAGAAGUGGACACAAUCGUGCUGUGGACUGGUGGAGUUUAGGAGCCCUAAUGUAUGACAUGCUGACGGGAGCACCUCCUUUCACUGGCGAGAACAGGAAGAAGACUAUCGAUAAAAUCCUGAAGUGUAAACUCAAUCUGCCGCCCUACCUCACACACGAAGCCAGAGACCUUCUUAAAAAGCUGCUAAAAAGAAAUGCUUCAUCCCGCCUUGGAGCUGGAGUUGGGGAUGCAGCUGAUGUUCAGGCUCAUCCUUUCUUCAGACAUACAAACUGGGAGGAUCUUUCAGCUCGUAAAGUUGAACCGCCCUUCAAGCCAUUUCUGCAAUCAGAUGACGAUGUCAGUCAGUUUGAUUCAAAGUUCACACGGCAAACACCUGUUGACAGCCCUGAUGACUCGACCCUCAGCGAAAGUGCCAAUCAAGUCUUCCUGGGAUUCACCUAUGUGGCUCCAUCAGUACUGGAAAGCGUUAAGGAAAAAUUCUCAUUUGAGCCAAAAAUCCGUUCACCUCGCAGGUUUAUUGGCAGCCCUAGGACUCCGGUGAGGUUUUUUUGUUUGGCUGGAGAGAGGUCACCUUGUGUGCGAGUUGCCUCAAAUGUGGGUCCUCUUUUAAGCAGCCCGAUCAAGUUUUCUUCUGCCGACUGCUGGAGUCGGGGAUCCGGCAUGGAACCACCGCCCAGAGGGCGUGGGUCAUCGGACUACCCCAUGGACGUUGGGAUGGAACAGAUGGACGUAACCGUUAGUGGAGAGGCAUCUGCUCCACUGCCGAUCCGGAAUCCAAUGGGCGUGAGUUCUGUGCCUUUCAAAAAGCAAACGUAUCCCGUGCCCCCGAACAGACCAGCACACCUCCGCAUGAACCUAUGACGACAGCUGAACAGGGAAAGAAAAUAGAACACCGAUUGAAAACUGUGGAUGCAAGCACUAACCGAGUAUACACGGGAGAGUGUAAUUGGGGAUGGUACCAAAUCUCCCCACCUUUCUCCCCCCUCAGCCCUUUACGAAAAAUGUCCACGGAAGUCUCGGUUCAGAUCCGAUAUACAAUGAAAACAUACAUCACUGACCGGAAAAAAAAGGGAGAUUAAAAUAAUUGGUAGGAUGGUGAACAUCUUUGCGAGAUUGACGCCCCAUGUGGUGAUUCACCUCUUGAGAUUCUGCACUUGACAUUAACAGAAAACGCCCGUGGCUCAUCAUUGUAAAUGGUGUUGAAGAAAUCUUCCUGCUUUAGGUGCCUGAUGAACACAGUAUUACCAAAAGCAGAGUUGCUGCACAGCUUUGCCUACACCUCUCAAUCAAACUGAAGCGUGUGUCCAGAGGGUGAGGUUGGGUUCCAAGAAUGCCCGGUGUGUCUGCACUCGGAUGUAAAGGAUUGCACCGUGUCAUACCGUUAGAAGAGCUCAAAAUCUCAGAUGCUAGGACCAGCGUUAUAAUACAUUGGAGCCCACGUAAAUGCAGUUUAUGAAGAGAGAUCAUGGAUUAAAAUAUCUAAAUACCACGCUGCUGUGCGUGCAUGUUGAUACAAUUGCAUUAACUCUUUGGUGCAUUCAAGUCUUAAAAGCCUACGUUUGCUUUGUCCAGACUUAAUGUUUGAAGAGGUUUAAAGUUUACCACAUUAUCUGCCUUUUUGCCUACUGCAAUUAUACUCUUAGAGUUCUCUGUAAUCACAGUACUGGAAUAGAUUUAUUUUGAAAUAACACAAUCCCGCCUGCUGAGUAUGUCACCAUAUAGGUGAUGGUGUGCGAUAAGCACUUUAAACUCUGGCCAACAUAAAUUUAUCGCUCAUUGUGACAGAAAAUCCCUAUUUAAAUCCUCUUUAUGUGCCCUCUUAAAUUUCUCCUUUCUGCAUCUCCUUCAAAAUGCAUUCACAUGUUGGUGUCAAAUUAAUCCGAGGCCCUAAAGGUGAUGUUUCGCCAGCCCACUGAAUGAGGUGAGUGUAAGGAAGGCAAGGUGAAAGAAAGGUAAACCUUGUCGGCCUAAUGCAAAUUUUCCCUUCGGUUCAAGUAUAUCUGAGUCUGAAACUGACAAUUAGCACUUUCCAAGGAAUCAUGGUGCUGAACAGUACACUGCAUUCUUUCCUCCGUUAUGUCACUUGACAAAUAUUUGCUCAGAAUCCGCCAUGCGGUGAUCUAGGCCUCCAGGUCCGAUCAGUGUGAAGUGUAAGCGUGUGCUCAAUCUUGUUUUCUUUAUAAACUGCUUUUUCUCUGUUUCUACACUUGAAAUUGGUUGAGCCAUAGGAUACAAGCCAUAAAUGCCUUUACGCAUGCAAAGGCAGUCUGGCAUGCAUUUGGCCUUUUUGAGUACAAAAUGAUAUGAGAGCUUAAAUCCAAGUUUAAAAGUGGCUGAUACACAUAUAGCUCUUAAAGAGACAUGAAAAGGCAGUUACAGAGCUAUUUGUUUCACUGAUUUGAUUCUCAUUGAAUUUCUAAAUACUUUGCCAAUUCUUGUUCUUUGGGCCUGUGUGCUGUGUCAUUAGAUAUUAUAUUUUAUUUUUGCUACUUCAAUCUAGAUUUUUUUAUCACAGGUUUAUAAAUCUUCACCUAAUUCUUCUCCAAGUAAUUACAAGUCAUAAUUUCACCCUUUUCCAUUCCAUUACGGGUCAUCACUUCGCCCUUUCCCAAUCUGUUACGGGUCUUCACCUUGCCCUUUCACAAUCCAUUUUAGCUAGAGUGAAGAUGCACAAUGAACCUUGUUUGAGUACUUUUUACCUUUUAUGUUUUCAAGUAGAAAAUCGAGGCAAACCAAAUGGCCUCACUAUCAGCAAAGGUCGUCAGCUUGAAGUACGAGAAAUGGUAGCAAGAGAGCAACAAAGAAAGACUGGCUUCAGUGUGUUAAUUCCUGAAAUUCAGAUUAAGGUAGUUGACUGUUAGCUCCAUCUCUCCCCACACCCCACUUUGUUGAGCAUCAUAGUGCAAGAUAUUAUUUCCAUUGUUUUUAAAAAUUCAUGCUUCAAAUAGUAUCAAACCAGAUUGGCUUGUUUCAUUUUUGAGUAAAAUCUUGGUUGACAAUGGCACAUGAUUCAGGAGAACAUGCGGACCCCUGUGGGUCUUGUAGUGCACCAGGAGCACCAUUUUCAGUUCUCUGAUUUGUGAAAACUGAGUUUAUUUCCUUCAUUGGACGUGCUAAUUCGGAGUUAAUUCUGAUAAUUUAUGGCAAAAAGUGGGAAACUUUGGAAUCAAAUCUUAUAACAUGCAGACUUACUGCAUGAUUUUGUGAGACUGAGCAAAUCUCCCAGUCGGUCGUCAAUACUGAAACAGGCCACCUAGCUAAUUGAGGCUGGCAAUGUACCCAAUCAAUGGCAGACUCAAACCAGUCGAAUACUUUUUUUGAUUGGUUUCAGAAAUGCUAAAAUUGCUUUCUAUUUCCUGGUGCCUCUGUGAAUGGUAGGCUACAGCAAGCAUUGUCAAUGUUUGAAAUUGGCCAUGUUCCCAACGUGUUGAACAAAAAUAAAUUUUGUAAGUCUUUUGAAAGGUGUUCAAGAUGAAAUAUAGAUAAAUCAUUCCAUAAUUUACUGCAGUCACCCAAUUCCUUUUCCGUUGAGUUGGAAUGUGGAAAUACUUCAGCUGGCAAGGGUGAUUGGUCUUGGAGUGAAGCAUCAGUUCCUUGUGGCAACAUGACAUGCCACAGUUCCUUUCUGAGCAGAGAAUCAUGGUGCGAACCUAUGUCCCGACUGUACCAGACUGAGAUUGAACACUGUCAGCCAGUAAAACACCUCAUUCUAAUAUCAUGCGAGAGUUUGAUGGAGAAAUUUUAACAAGUUUCCUGAACCAAAAAACAUUUGAAAUUUAUAAGUCCUAUAGCUAACCAUUUUAGUCAGGGAAUAUUGUCACGGAAGAGUAGUUUUACUGUUUAUCCAAAAGGUUGGUUGAUUAUUUUUUGGUAAAAUAAUCUGUUAUAUUAAUGUUUAUAUUUUAAGUUCACAACAGCCCAACUACCUCCUGCUUUAUUAUACGCCCUUUUUAAUGGGGACUACAGACAUUUGUGCUAAACUCUGAUGCUUGUUCUAGUUAAAUAGAAAGUAUCAAAGAAGGAUAAAGACCAGCACCUUUGAAGUCACAGUUGUUAUUAUUCACGAAGCACAAAGUACUGGGGCUGUUGGAUUUUGAGCAAAUCCAGUUCAUUUUACGCUGAGGAUCAUGGGAUUUAAAAAAGCUUUGUGAAUUGCCUUCCAGGACUAAUUUUUCCCCCUCCUGUUUUGAGUAACACAAUGAGCUUGAGUUAGAGCAGUCCAUUAGCCUACAGUUGCUCAACGCACAAAUAACUUUUAUUUAUAUAUUUCAAAAUAAGAUUACAAUCAAUGACAUAAAGUACUUCAAAAUUGUCCAAAAAAAAAAUGACAGGUUGCAAUUCUAAGUAAUUUUGAAAUUGAUUUUUGAGAGAACUGAAAAUGGGUCAUAAUUUUUAUGGAAAUGUUAUUGAAGGAGAAUAAUGUUCUGGUUUGCUUGGCUGUAUUGUUAAAGUACAUUUCAAUGUCCAAUCUCAUUUUCGUGCAAGAAAAAUUAAAAAGUGUUAAUUGGAUCGGAUCAUGCACUUGCUGGUAAAUGGAUUACAAAUGUCUUUAGCACCCCAAUAUUCGAUAGGACAAGGCUGUGAUGCUGAAGUUAAAAGGUUGAGAGAACAUCGGUUCAGCAUCCUUUAUUGCUUGUCCUAUGCUUUCAGACACUUGUUGAUGGUUUCCAACAAUAUUCUACCAGAUUGGCAAGCAUUCAUUUACCCACCACGUAACUGGAAAAGUGUAAGGAAUAAAAGUAUGUGCCCCGUGGCAGCACAUGGUUACAUUUUGCUGUACUUCAGUACUGCUUCAUAGAUAUCGUACAGUGACUGUAGAAAAUAGCAAUUAAGCAUUGAAUUACUUUUAAUUCUGCAGUCAAUCUUUUGUAUAUUGCAGUCUGCAAUCAUGUGAAGGCUGUUUUUCAAAAUUGUAACUGCAACACCAAACAUUUUCAAAUGAGCUUUGUUGCUCUUAAAUAAAACAUCCAGCAUCUCCAAAGAAUUGUACUGAACUUUCAAUAUAAAAUUCUUAAGCUCUUUAACAUCCAGGAAAACAAUCAUAAAUUAUAUUCUAAAAUUCAAAAAGGCUUAAAGUCUGGCGGUUAAUUCAGCUCUCUUCAGAGGUUUUAAGCCUUUUUGUUCAUGACAUUUCCAUCUAUUUUUUCUUUCUCUAUAUGUUCUCUAUAAUUUGGCACACCUAACUUAAAUAAGAGGAAAAUAUUGGGAAGAGGAAAGUGAAGAAUGUUACAUAUAUAGAUUUAUUGUAAAGGCUGGAUUUUGAAGGCCUGCAGAUUACAAUGUUGUUUUAAACAAGGAAUUUUCUUGAUUUCAUGCACUGUUUUCCCUUACUUUGUAAUUAAUUUGCAUCAGUAUCCGCUCCCCUCCUGGGAUGACACAGUGACAAUGGCCACUUAGUUGAAGAUAAACUAUCCUCUUGGGAACAUUGGGUUAAUGAGAGCUGCUCCUACAUGGAAAGUUUCUAAUUUUGUGUGAGUAAAACGUUCACCAAUUGAGGUUGGGAAAGAGGUCUUGGCGUUGUCAAGUUUCCAUCCUCUCUUUCCUCUUUCCUCCACAAGACCACAUUGCCUCUUCCAUCCAACAGUGAUGGUGUUUCUGACUCGGGCCAUCCUAUAUUGGGGAAGGGAAGAAUUUCAAUGAAAAUGAGGGUGGUAGACAUUUCAGUGGUAGCUGUAGUCAUGGUGGGCUCUUUGGGAAGGUGAUAGAUCAAACUAUGCAAACCCCCCCCCCAUUCUAUUUUUUGUAAAUAAAACAAAAUGGAUUUGCCUAAUUGUUUAAUAAUCUUUGCAAAUUAGGCAUUGUAUUUUAACAGAUUUAUGAAAGUUUCUUGUCAAUCCUUAUUUUUGUAUGAUCUAUUUGAAUCUUCCUUGCAGCCAAAGUGGCUGGUUGAUUUGACUAAUAGAAUAGAAACAUUUUAUAAAGUGCUUCCUUUUCCCCUCUCCCCUCAAGCCUUUCUGUUGUAGAUUUAUUAGUUACUUUGUAAUUCUGUAGGUCGUAUGUAUUUGUGGGGGAAGAGGAGAAAUAUCAGUUUGUUUAUCAAAGCUUUUCAACUUUCAUGAAUGUGUAGUCUUUUUGGACUAUUAAAUUUAUUUUUGUUUGUAAAUGUAGCUGUUGAAACUGCCAUUAAUGUAUAUUUGAGUUUGUGAAUCUGGUAAAGAGAUGGAAAUAUGUGGAUAUGUCUCAUCGUUCUCAGCUGUCAUGGAUUUGGUUUUGCAUUUGAGUGUUGAGCCAGUUUGGUGCGGGCUAGAUCUCACAGAGACUGUAGAGACUGUUUUGGUAUCAUCCCCCAAGGAAAGGUCUCGGCCAUAAUAGUUCACUGCUUCCUUCACGCUACUGCUUUAUCAUCGUCUCAGUUUUCUCUGCUAAAGGUUAGUGUUUGAAUCUUAAAUCUGGGCUGGAAGAGGGGGUAAUCUCACUCCAACAUUGGGUAAGACCUCGUCUGGAGGUAUUCAUGUUAUCUUAAAAACUGCCUUGUACCAACGCAGCAGUGUAAUGUCACUUAACCAAAUAGUUCAUCUCUUUAGAGGUAUAUGAAGUUUAGGAAAUGGUGUUUUUUUUUAACUUCCAGAAAGAAAUUACUGCUUGUUGCAACAUGUAGAUCACAGGGACACGUGCACGUAUAUUUCACCUCCAGUACUAUGCUUAAAUUAUCAUUUGUUUGAUCUUCAAACACGCUCACUUUUAGAUUGUUGCUUGCUUUCUCUAGGAAAACAAGUGGAGCCUGUACUUUUGCUGGGGUUGAGUUGGUCAUCAGUUCAUGCAAGGCUUGCCUCAACAGCAGUUUUAUCGCCAUUGGCAACCAGCAACCACUCAGUUUCCGCAGAUAACAGGACACUGGGUUAGUUUGGAUUUCACAUUAUUAAUUGCUAGGUAUAUCUACAAGCAUUAUUACAAAAUCAAGACAUUGAUUAAUCUAAUUCUUAAUAGAAGAUACUGAACUUUAGAAAAGUUGGUCUGUGCUUGAGAUUUGCCCAUACAGUGAAUUAGUUAUCUCAAACCUGCAGUCGGGUAAAAGAUGAACGGUGGACCAUGGACUUCUCAUCAAAUUAAAGAUGACAGAGCCAAGCCCUUAAAACCAUUCAUCCAUAAAUUGCUGAUUGUAUGAUGCAUACUAAUGAUGCAAGAUUGAUCCAUUCCUGCCUAUGCCCCUUUCUCACAUGUUUGCAGGGCUUUGCAUUAGCAACUCAGUCACUCUUUCAUCAGGCAAGAACUUAGAAAAUGAGUGUUGGCCUGCUGUUUUACUGUGGUGCGCAUCACGGUUGAACAUACGUUUAUUGAUACAUCAAACUGAGGGUUACACCUCUUCAUCUGUGCUCUGCGCUUUCUGCUUUUGACAAAAUCGGGUUAAACUAAAUCAAUACAUGUGCAGAGAUGCACAUCUGACACUUGCGCACCCCUGUCACUCUUUCACUUCCACUGCAACCCCACCCUUCUGCAUACUCAGCACCAGGCCACAGUCUACUUUAAACCAAUGAGCCACUAGAUAGCUGAACGAGACACUCUUAAUAAUAUUCAAGUUAAUCAUCGUCAUCUUCUAAAUAAAUGUAUGAUGGGUGUCUUGUCUAAGCAGCAUACACUUCCGCAUCUGCUUCUAAAUUGCUGGCUUAAACCACAAUAUAUUCUUUUAUACUAAAAUGCUAAUCCCCGUGAAAGAAAAGCUGCAAAUGCUGGGAACAUGAAGUUUUGAAAAAUACACAAGGAAACUAGCAGAUUGGCCACCUUUUAAAAUGGACCGGCUUUCUGAGAAGCGUUAAGUUACUUUGUUUUACUUGUUUUUCUGUUCCGUGUCAACCAAAGGGAAAGCUGACUUUCUGUGCAGUGUUUGUUUUGCAAUGUGCUUUCCCCCCUUCAAACUAAGAAAACGUUUACACUGGAUUACUGCCAUUUUGUACUGAAGUGGAUGGCAGUUGGCAUUACUCAAAGUGCUGGAGGAACUCAGUGGGUCAAGCAGCAUCUCUGAGGGUCAUGGAUAGGUAAUUUCUCCACCUGAAACAUCACCUAUCCAUGUCCUCCAAAGAUGCUGUCUGACCCAUUGAAUUACUCCAGGACUUUGGGUUCUACAGAAGAUGCCAGUAGCUGCAAUUCAUUGUCUCUGCAAAUUAGCAUUACUGGUCUAUGGGAUGAACGUGGAAGUCGUGUGUGUGUGCAUGCAAACAUCAGGGAAUCCCUAACAUUAUCACAGACCUCACUCUUCACUGUUCACAGUUGAAUUCAUCAUUCCCUGAGAUGACCCUUUUUUAAUCCUUACCAUUAUAGACAUUGUGAAGCACACAAUUAUGAAGCUGUCUGAAUCAAGUCACAAAAGCAGAAUGUAGACUUAAAGAUGGUUGAAUAUUGAAUCACCAGAGUGGACACUAAUUCUUAGCUUUAACAUUAGCAGCAAGUUUAGAAAAAUAUUUUUGUAAUUUUUAAUAAUAGGACUGUAGUCAUCUAAGUUUUCAGCUUGGUGUGGCAAGAUUGUAACAGAUACAAGUGUCGAACAGGUUUUGCCCAUCAUUUGGAACUUUGCAUCAAUUUAAAUUGGCAUUGGCUGGUUUUGUCCCAACAGAGGAAAGAUUUAGUUUGGAAAGCCGUGUUGCUCAUGAAUGCCAAUACCAAUGUGCUGUUCCUGCUUAUGCUAUUAAUUUGGAUAUCGUUAUUUGCGUUUGGCAUGUUAGAAAUUGGUGCAAUUUGGGCAACAAAUACACAUAUCAGGACAUCUUCCCAUUGGUGUGGAUGGUUAUUGAUGUAAAUAGAGGCUGGUUGAAUGUGGUAGUACUUUCUGAAUAUAUUACAUUGCGAUGGCCAGCUCUCAAUUUAUUGAAGUCAGUUAACGAGUCAUUACAUUUACUUUCUCCAGCCAGCCCCCUUCCGAACCCCCUCAUCUAUGGACCCCAAAUACCAAAAGAGGUUCUUUGUUUUAUGACUAUCUGUAAAGUUGUCCAGCAGGCGGAUGCAUAUGUCAAAUAUUAAUCAUUUUAAUGAUAUCAGUGAAAAUUAUAGCACCCAACAGUAAAUAUCCCUGGCAAUGUGAAAGAAUUCUAGACACAGUCAGAUCUUUCACCAGCUGUUGGGAGGACUUUUCCUGAAUUUAUUUUAGUGCAUCUCGAACACCAGGGAAUUGGAUUCUGUUUAAAGUACGACCUGUGCUAACUCGGACCUUGAUGUAAAUUCUGGUGCCACAAUUAAAGGAAUUGAACUAAGAGAAAAUUGGUGCAGUGAUCACUACUGCUAGACCUUAUGCAUUAUGUAUAACUUGGAAUAUUCUCUGCUACUCUAAUGAAUGGUGCUUGCUGAGGAGACAGUUUGAAACUUUCUAUCAUGUUCAGUCGGAGUUUCAAGCAUUCAUUAUGCAUCUGAUUAGAUCCAUCUUUAUUUGCAUGGACAAUCCUGUUAGUUACAAUUGGCUGUGUAGAACAAAGAGUAACAAGACUCCUUUUGCCCCAGCCCUUCAUUCCAACAAGAGGAAAUAGCACAAAUAUCUCACUUUAUCACUUGAAAGAUGUGUGAACAUUUUACCUGUUCUUGGGUGACCUUUGGUUCUGAGAUCAGUAUUUUGGCAUGGUGCUUUUACUGCUGGAGAAUCUUGCCUCAUUAUUUUGAGAGAACUACACUGUUGCCUGAGUAAAAAUGGUGUGAAGCUGCAUUUUUUUCUCCUUGCUAAUUAUCUUGUACUUAUUCAGCUUUAUUAUUGAAAUCAAAUUGGUCAAUGAAUGAAGAGCUGUAAAAUCCCAUUAAAAGGCAAAUUUGAAUGAACA